UCGUCCGCUUGCUCUGUUCACCAGUGUCUCCACGUCCGUGCGCGCGUGUGUAGAAUGCAGCCAUUUACAAGUAUUUCUAACUCCAUCGAAUAGCCUACUGUGUCUGAUAUAGACGUCAUCAGAGAAGGCCUUUUAACAGGUGUCCAAACACUGGUUAAUCCCAUCCACAUGACAUGACCCUCGGGUCUGGGAAACAUGAAUAAACAGUCGGGAAUUAGCCUUGACGCACGCAUACACGCGUGCACAAACAGAUCCAACGGACACGCAGUCAAGUGUUGACCGGAAAAAUUGUGUUCCGGAGUAUUUGUGCAAGUUGCUGGGACAGCUACCCUGUCAUUUAAUCUCUCUCUGUGUGUGUGACAGUUUCGCACAAGAUCGUCACGACAAGAGAGAGAGAGAAAAUAUAUAUUUACAUGGAAAACUCUGGAGAGAGUUGCCAUCUCUAUAACGUGGAAUUGUAAAUGACUGCCGUAUUUGACAGGAUAUUGAACUGUGUGAUCAAAAAACGUUCAGUGCACACUGGAACUGGAUUUAGAGCGUUGGAACUGGAUUUAGAACUUUGGAACUGGAUUUAGAACUUUGGAACUGGAUUUAGAGCUUUUGAACUGGAUUUAGAACUUUGGAACUGGAUUUAGAACUUUGGAACUGGAUUUAGAACUUUGGAACUGGAUUUAGAGCUUUUGAACUGGAUUUACAACUUUGGAACUGGAUUUAGAACUUUGGAACUGGAUUUAGAACUUUGGAACUGGAUUUAUAGCUUUGGAACUGGAUUUACAACUUUGGAACUGGAUUUUAGAGCUUUGGAACUGGAUUUAAAACGUUGGAACUGGAUUUAGAGCUUUGGAACUGGAUUUAGAAUUUUGGAACGCUCGAUUUUUUUUAUCUCCAUAAUCCCGAUCAAAUUCAACCGGUGGAUUUAUGUUGCGGAGAGAGAGUUUCGGUCUCACUCUCUCAGAUUUCCUUGCUGUCGAAGUUUCUAUUGGAAUUUCUUAUAGGAUAUAAUAAUCUUGGAUUCAAACCAUUCUUGUUGUAACCCAUGAUAAGGGUUAAAAUAAUGAUUUAACUUGAACAACCCAUAGGCCUAGGUUAUUUAGGGACAAUUCCAUUUUCUUUUUUUUGGAACAAAACUUGUUGGCAGCCGUUGGAAUUGUAACCCUUUCUGGAGUUUUAAUGUAACGGUUGAGUUGUUUUAUAAUGUUAUCGAAUAUUUCACCAUAUCCCCUUGGCUAGUUUCUCAACCCGAACCCAAUCAUUAGCCUCACAUCUCUGAUUAACGGUUCUGUUAAUAGCUCAAUCUGAUCGCCUAACACUUGCGCACGGUGGUGCAUGUGAGUGUUGGCAGUUGAGUCGUUAACCAACCGGGUCUCGGUUUGUGUAGCCGACAUCUGUUUUUGUGGAUCUUCUCCCGGUGCUCUCGCUCCCACCGGGGUGAGAGUUUCUCUAAACCCCAUGAUGUUGCUCCUUUCCCCGGUUCUCAUCCUUCUGCUCCGCGGGGUUUUAUUCGAGGCUUCGCAGGGCAUCAUCCAGGACAGCGGCUACUAUCACCACAAUGACCCGGAACUCGGACUCACAUUUGCCGGACAAAGAACGGUGUUCGACUCGACAGACCCAUGCCUGGUGGUGUCACCUCCCUGUAUGAACGAGGCAGACCGAUACAGUCUGGAGGGUCUGAGGAACAUCCACAGAGAGAUGGAUGACGACCAGGAUGGCGGGAUAGAGGUGGAGGAGAGCGUGGAGUUCAUCAUCGAGGACAUGAAACAGCAGCCGACCAACAAACACAGCCGUCUUCACAGAGAGGACCAGCACAUCACCAUAGAGGAACUGUGGAGGGGCUGGAAGUUCUCAGAAGUCCAUAACUGGACUCAGGAUGAGGUGUUGAGGUGGCUCAGGGAGUUUGUAGAGCUGCCUCAGUACGAGAAGAACUUUAAAGACUUCAGAGUCAACGGCAACACCCUCCCCAGGAUAGCAGCCAAUGAGCCGUCGUUCCUGAGUGGCCAGCUGAAGAUCGUGGACCAGAGAGACAAACAGAAACUCAACAUCAAGGCUCUGGACGCGGUGCUGUUUGGUGCUCCUAUACGCCCACCCCAUAACUACAUGAAGGACUUGUUGCUGAUAGUUUCUGUGAUGAUGGGUGUAGGAGGCUGCUGGUUCUCCCAGGUCCAGAACAAAGCUUCCAAAGUCCACAUCUCCAAGAUGAUGAAGGACCUGGAGAGUCUGCAGAGUGCUGAGCUCAGCCUCAGAGAACUACAGGAACAGCUGGAACAGGCCCAGUAUGUGUUUGUUGCUAACGUGACAGAGGAGAAACAGAACCUGAGGCUGAAGAUGCCCAGGGAUGAGAUCAUGGGAGCCCAGGAGGCGCACAGACUCCAUCGGCUGGAACAGGCCCAGUAUGGUUUGCCGUCAGUCAUAGGCUGGAGGCCCAGACUGAGAUACGCAGAGGAGGAGGCUGGAACAGGCCCAGUAGAACCGUGUUCGGGAGCAUUGAAGAAGGCAGAGAAGGACAUGAUGGCGUACUGGUCUGUCCCGGAGGCCCUACAGCUCUGGCUACAGCUGACCCACGAGGUGGAGGUUCAGUACUACAACAUCAAGAAGCACAGCGCUGAGCUGCAGCUCACAGCCAAGGAAGAGGCAGAAAAGAUCAAGAAGAAGAGGAGUUCCCUCAUGGGGACAUUCCACGUGGCUCACAGCUCCUCACUGGACGAUGUUGACACCAAGAUCCUGGAGGCCAAGAACGCCCUAUCAGAAGUCACGGCCUGCCUACGGGAGCGUCUCCACCGCUGGCAACAGAUAGAGCGUCUGUGUGGUUUCCCUCUCCUCAGGAACUCUGGCCUGGCCAGCCUGACAGCCACGCUGUAUUCAGACUCUAACUGGGUGGCGAUGCCCCGCGUGUCUGUACCCACUUUCCCUUCCUGUCAUGAAACAAUACAAGGCUCUCUGGAGGAUCUGAUGGAAGACCCUCAGUGCUCUGGAAUAGAUCAAACGCAUGGAACAGCUGGGGGUCGUAAGGAGAGGUUUGGAACGGCUGUGGGUCCUGAGGAGAGGUUGGGAACAGCUGGGAGUCGUAAGGAGAGGUUGGGAACAGCUGGGAGUCCUGAGGAGAGGUUGGGAACAGCUGGGGUUCCCGAGGAAAGGUUGGGAACAGUUGGGGUUCCUGAGGAGAGAUUGGGAACGGCUGGGGGUCCUGAGGAGAGGUUGGUAACGGCUGGGGGUCCUGAGGAGAGGUUUGGAACGGCUGGGGUUUCUGAGGAGAGGAUUGGAACAGCUGGGAUUCCUGAGGAGAGGUUUGGAACGGCUGGGGUUUCUGAGGAGAGUUUUGGAACAGCUGGGAUUCCUGAGGAGAGGUUUGGAACCUGGGGUUUCUGGGAGAGGUUUGGAAAUGCUGGGAUUCCACCAAUGAAGCGCUCCCCUCGCUCUCGUGGCUCUACCUCCACCGUAUGUCGUCAACGGCGUUCUGGACACGCCUCCUCUUCCUCUUCCUCAUCCUCCUACUCUGACCCUGAUAUCCUGAUUCCUAUCCACACCACGCUCCCCUGCUUCGAGGAAGAGGAGCAGAUCUUCAUCAACGCCCAGUGGAGGGGAGAUUCUCAGCAGAAGGUCAUCAGAACCUUCCGGAACGGAAUCCCCGUUUGUAAGAUAUCUAGAGAAGAAUUGGAAGCUUCCUUGGAUGAAGCCACAUUGAAGACAUCAUCUAAAGACGAGCCGGACUCUUCUUUUGUGGACAACACUGCUCCAAGGAAAAUGCAAAGAGUCAAAAGUGAGACUUCCAUGGACCCCCCCACCAACGCAGCAACCAAAAAGGUAUUGGGUCAUUCGAUGGACAACGUCUCAAGGAAGUCAUUCAGAGAUGAGUGUCACGAGGUUCCGUUGGAGACUCACGUCUCAAAGAAGAGGUCUCUUCUAUCUACAGACAUGAUCGGUGUGUCUUUGGACACCGGCUCCAGGCAGAUGAUGAGAGAGAGCAGGGGAGAAGCCUCAUUCAACAACUCCUUGAGAGGAAGACCCAGAGAAGAAAUGGUGGCGGCUGUUGGAACCCCAACGAGAAGGAUAUCCCGAGAGGAGGAGGACUUCUUAGCCGACAGCGCUCAGAGGAGGAUGGCGAUGGCCAGAGACAAACUGACCCUUCAUCUGGACAGCAACUCUUCUCACAAGAUGCUCAGGAAGAAGAUGGAGUUCCCAGUGGAACCACCAUCUGCCGCCACGAGGAAGAUAUCGAUAGAUGAACACCAUGAGAUGUGCUCUCACACUAGCAGACGAACCAACAGCGAUAAGGUUGACAGAUCCAUAGACACUCCCACUGGGAAGAUCUAUCCGGACAGGGUCGACAGUACCCCAGAAAUCCCCAAACGGAGGAUAUCCAGGGAGGAGUAUGCGGGGUCGUCCCAGUUGGGUCACGAUCCCCAGGUUUUGGAUUGGGGUCAGUUCGGACAACCUGACCUCACCUUGUCCACACCAUGGAAACAAACCCAGACCCCUGACCCUUAUACCUCCGACCUGACCGAACUUGUGUAUGACGGUAUUCUGGAGAAGUCCUGUAUCACCCCAGCAACAACCCCUGACCUGCCCCAGAGGAUCAUGGAAGGAAGAGAGCGAGAAGGGAAUCCUCCUGUUCCGCCCCCGAGGAGCGGCCGGUCCCUAAACACGUUGCCCCCGGAGAUGAGAGGCGAGAGGCACCAAAAGGACAAAGACAAAAGCACGAAGUCGUCCAAACUCAAGAGCCUUUUUAAGAAGAGGAAAGAUCAUACCCCAGAACGGCCACAAGGGGGCCUGAACAAUCUCUGACCGUUACCUGGAAUUUAAACACGUUUUAAUGUACAUUCUUUAACCAGGAAGUUUCUUGAGGCUAUGAAACUCUGGAUAAGACCUCAACCAGGAAAAGCUGAGAGGAAACAUGAACAUUAUUCUUAUAGAUUUGAUUUUUCUAAAAAAAAAACGACACGGACUGUUUGGCUGAGAUUACAUGUUUGAAAGAAAAAAAACAUGAGCAAUAAGAUUGCACAUUUUUUUUCAAAGCCAACAAAGACUGAUUUUUUGAAACCCAGGAAAAUAGUGUUCUGGCCGAUAAAGCGCAGAUUGCCGGACGACAUGUUAUUUUGGCAAUGGCAGGUACCAAACUCUUGAGUUGACAUAGCAGUCUCUAAAACUGAUUAAUCUCAUACUAGACGGAAUACUCUGAAAACAGGAACACAGUCGUUGCUAUAGUUUCGGUACUAUUUUGGUACUACAAAGCAGAAUCAAUUAACCAGCUAUCUUUUAAUUAACCAUAGUUAACCAUCUAACUUUGAUAAAUAACCAGAAAUAACUAUUGGUUUUCUGUUUCAUUUAAGAAAAGCUAAACUUAGAUAUGUGUGUCUUUGGUUGUUUAGUCAAUUAGACAAUGCCCAUUUCAAGCUUAAAGCUAUUUUCAUAACGUUAAAGCAAGUUAGCUGGCUAACUCAUUGAUCCUGCUUUUAUAGUAUUGUCCUCAGAGGGACAGAGAGGAUGAAGGGUGUAAGAUAACCCAUGGUGCCCAAAUGUUGUCUCUGCAAGGAAGUCUUAAUAAGUAGACCAAUGAUGGGUGUCCCGUUUCAGCUUCGUUUGGAAGCAGUGUGAUCCCAUACCAUGUUUGAUCACCUUCUAUGUUCAGCAUUGGGUGUUUUAGAGCUGAGAUAUUUAUUUCUUGACUAGGGAGCAUUUCUUUGGAGCUCUUCUCCUGUACGAUAGAAGCAACUGUCGUUUAUUUGGAUUGGGGGAGUGCUGUUCAGUGGUUCCUAGACCUUUUUUAGUCAGUUCAGUCACAGUGCUGUUCAGUGGUUCCUAGACCUUUUUUAGUCAGUUCAGUCACAGUGCUUCUCAAUGGUUCCUAGACCUUUUUCUCAGUGCAGUCACAGAGCUUUGCUUGGGGGGAGCUUUCUAGUAUGUGUACAGUUGCAACAUUUU